GGGAGGAAAAGGGAAGGAGGGAGGACGGCCGAGGGACAGAACUUGCUGCGGCUCCCUUGUUCGUGGCAGUGGCGAGGGAAGGGUCAUUGGGGGACGCCGCCGGGAGCUACGUUGUAGAGGAGGCUGGCGGCGGAACGCCCCCGUCCCGCAUGGUUGCUGGCGAGGAGCAGAAGGGGCGCCCGGGUACAGCCCUGUGCCCCCCGCUUUCUCUCCGCCGGAGUAACCCGGGGUUCAUGCGGAGGAACCCCGCUGCCGGUCAGCAUUGCCUUUGUGUCCUGGAGUCGUCACGUCCCGCAGCCUGCAGGCACCCGGCUCUGCCAGGAUUGGGGCGCGAGGAGCGGGGAAGGCGGAGCUGGAAAGACCUACCCCAGCUCUGCUGAAGCAAAACAACGUGCGCUUUCUGCCUCUUGUUUUUUUUUUAGCAGACGUCACUGGCAAUCCCCUAAUUUAGGGGAGACUGAGUCAUCACUUCUGAGCGCCCCGACUCGCUGGUGCAGUCGCUGCUGAGUGAGGCCCUGAGGUUGUGCCCGCUGCAGGGAGCGGAGGGAGCGGCGGCCUCGCUGGGCACCUCAGCGUCUCAGCCCCUGUUAAAUGUUCUUGCUGCUGCCGUCAGCCAGCUUCGUGUGUGAACGUCCGGAGCUGGGGUUUUCAGGGAAGAACAGGCAGCUCUUCAGCAAUACUACCAAUAUCCUCCCUGCCACCCUCCAGUGGGAGAAAUGCACCCAAGUUCUUUUCUGAGGAGUGGAGACGGAGAGUAGACCAAACUUUUUGAAGUGAUACAGACCCGCUGUUUCGGGCUAAUGUCAGAGGGCACUUCCUUGUUUUCUGAAGAUAACUAUGAAUGUAUCGCCUGUAGCUCUUGCUCGUAUUUAUGAAGAAGACUUUAAACAAGAUAUGGCUGCCUUAAAGGUGCUUCCUCCUACAGUAUAUAUGAGGGUGACUGAGAAUAUUCCUCAAAUAAUUUCCUUUAUAAAAACAAUAAUUUCCAGUGGACAAGCUUAUGCAACCUCGCAAGGCAAUGUUUAUUUUGAUGUUAAAUCCUGGGGAAAAAGAUAUGGAGUGUUAACUGCUGUGAGCCUUCAUACUCAAGAUGAAGCAGUUGAUUCUGAUAAACGACAUGGUAAAGAUUUUGCCCUGUGGAAGGCUGCCAAGCCUCAGGAGCUGUCUUGGAAUUCUCCCUGGGGAAAAGGACGACCUGGAUGGCACAUUGAAUGUUCCACAAUAUCAAGUGCAGUGUUUGGAAAGCAGCUGGACAUCCAUACUGGUGGAAUAGAUCUUGCAUUUCCUCAUCAUGAAAAUGAAAUUGCACAGUGUGAGGUGUAUCAUCAGUGUGAGCAAUGGGGAAAUUACUUUCUGCAUUCUGGGCAUUUGCAUGUUAAAGGAAGUAAAGAAAAAAUGUCAAAGUCAUUAAAAAACUACAUAACGAUUAAGGAUUUCCUGAAGAAAUGUUCAUCAGAUCAAUUCAGAAUGUUUUGUUUGCGUGGAAGAUACAGCUCAGCAGUAGAAUUUAGUGAGGAGAGCAUGGAAGAUGCAAAGAACCUUCUGCAGGCAAUCUCCUCAUUUAUUAGAGAUGCAAAUGCUUAUAUAAAAGGACAGCUGGUGUGUGACCCUGUUAGAGAAGACAUAUUGUGGGAAAGGCUAGCCAACACAAAAGUAACCGUGAAGGCUGCGUUUGCAGAUGACUUUGACACCUCCAGGGCUGUUGCAGCAAUUAUGGACCUCAUUCACCAUGGCAACAGACAGCUUAAGGCUGUUACUAAGGAUGCUGGAUCUCCUAGAAGCUCUGUUGUGUAUGGAAGCAUUAUUUCCUAUAUAGAAAGCUUUUUCAGUGCCCUUGGGAUGUCCUUUGGAGAAAGCCAGGUGGCUGUGGGAGGAGACAAGUCUGCAGUGCUCAGCAGUGUCAUUGAAGAGCUGGUGAGGUUCCGCAUGAAGGUCCGACACUACGCGCUGGCUCUGCCGGAAACAGCAGAUGCUGUGCCUGUGGAGAGUGCGGUGGGAGCCGAGGAGCCCAAACAGGAGCAGAAGGAAAAGAGGAAGCAGUUAAUGCAGGAGAGAAAGCCCCUUUUGGAGGCUUGUGACAGUCUGCGUGGAGACCUUGCUGCCUUUGGAAUCCACAUAAAGGACAGAGCUGCUGUUUCAACCUGGGAAAUUGUGGAAGGAGGGCAGACAGAGAAGCAGACUGAGAAAAAAAGCUGAUCCUUCAUCCUUGGACUUGUUUUUUAUUUCACCACUUUGGCAACUGUUGUAAAUACUGAUUCUUUCAAAAUAAAAUCUGUUGAACAGAAUGGCUAAAAACGA